AUGGAGCGGCUGAACGACUCUAAGCAUAAACAGGACACAAAGAUGGCAUUUGUGAAGAAAGCCAUUUGGACGAUGGCUUACGGCCUCCACAACAUGCAGAAGAGUCAGUGUCCCAACACGACUGGCCUCUGCUCUCAGAUGCUUCCCGUCAACGGAUCCGUAUUUCUUCAACACCUGAUGAAUGUGUCGUUCGUUUGGGGCAAUGAGACCGUCAUGUUUGACGACAACGGAGACCCACCCGGAAGGUACGAUAUAAUGAAUUACCAGAGAAUAUCCGCCACUGAAUACGAUUACAUUCACGUCGGCUCUUGGAUUAGUGGCGGCGACUUUAAGAUGCUUCGGCCCUUUCAGUGGCCGUUCAUCACAGUCAACGAGACCACCCCUCCCGAGUCCGUCUGCUCUAAGCCCUGUCCCAAAGGACAGGCAAAGCAAUAA